AUGGGUAACGACAACGAGCCCAAGACCUACCGCUAUAACGAGACGCCGGUCUACACUGCCUCCAAUGGCUGCCCGGUCAUGGAUCCCCAAGCCGCUCAGCGCAUUGGGCCUAAUGGCCCUCUGCUCCUGCAGGAUUUCCAUCUGAUCGAUCUCCUGGCACACUUCGAUCGCGAGCGCAUUCCCGAGCGCGUGGUUCAUGCAAAGGGCGCCGGCGCCUACGGUGAAUUCGAAGUCACCGACGACAUCAGUGACAUUACUACCAUCGACAUGCUCAAGACCGUAGGCAAGAAGACCAAGAUGCUCACUCGGUUCUCAACCGUUGGAGGUGAAAAGGGCUCCCCCGACAGUGCGCGUGAUCCUCGUGGAUUCGCCAUGAAGUUCUAUACAGAAGAGGGCAACUGGGACUGGGUCUUCAACAACACCCCGGUCUUCUUCCUGCGUGACCCGGCCAAGUUCCCCAUCUUCAUUCACACUCAGAAGCGUAAUCCCCAAACCAACUUGAAGGAUGCCACCAUGUUCUGGGAUUACCUGUCCACCCACCACGAGGCGGUCCACCAGUUGAUGCAUCUGUUCAGUGACCGUGGCACUCCCUUCUCCUACCGCCACAUGAACGGUUAUUCGGGCCACACCUACAAGUGGAUCAAGCCGGACGGCACCUUCAACUACGUCCAGAUCCACUGCAAGACCGACCAGGGCAACAAAACCCUCAACAACGACGAGGCCACCAAGUUAUCCGCCGAGAACCCAGACUGGCACACCCAGGACCUCUUCGACGCCAUCCAACGCGGCGAGAACCCCUCCUGGACCUGCUACGUGCAAACCCUCAGCCCCGAACAAGCCGAGAAAUUCCGCUGGAACGUCUUCGACCUCACCAAAGUCUGGCCUCAAAAGGAUGUCCCCCUCCGCCGCUUCGGCCGCUUCACCCUGAACCAGAACCCGCAAAACUACUUCGCCGAAAUCGAACAAGCUGCCUUCUCCCCGUCCCAUAUGGUCCCCGGCGCUGAACCCUCCGCCGACCCCGUCCUCCAAAGCCGCCUCUUCUCCUACCCCGAUACCCAACGCCACCGCCUCGGCGGCAACUACGACCAAAUCCCCGUCAACUGCCCCCUCAAAGCCUUCAACCCCACCCACCGCGACGGCCCCAUGAACGUCCACGGCAACUACGGCGCGAACCCUAACUACCCCUCCACUUUCCGACCCCUCGCUUACCAACCCGUCAAGGCAAGCCAGGAGCACGAGAAGUGGACCGGUGCCGUCCUCGCCGAACAAUACCCCGUGACCUCGGAGGAUUACGUCCAGGCUAAUGACCUCUGGCAGGUCCUCGGUCGUACUCCGGGCCAACAGGAGAAUUUCGUCGGUAAUAUCUCCGGUCAUCUUUGCGGUGCGGAUGCGCGCGUCCGUAAGGCUACUUAUGAGAUGUUCCGUCGUGUCAAUGCGGAUCUCGGGGCUCGGAUUCAGUCCGCCACCGAGGCCAAUGUUUCUGGUGCACCGCCGGCGCGUCUGUAG